AUGACAAAUGACGACAAUACAGAUGAAGAUCGUGCUGAAAAUGACGAUUUUUUGGAGCAACGUUACCCACCUGUACUCGAUAGUGACAUUGAAAUUGAAUCAGACACAGAAAUUGGUGCUACAUUCGAUUAUGUUGCCUCCGGCACUGGUGAAUGGAGAAUGGCCACGGAGGAAGACUGCGAUAUAUUUACCAUUCCAGUUUUUGAACACGAACCUGGACCAACUUUCGAACUGCCUUCCUAUGCUCAACUGAUAGAACUGGCUUCCACCGAGACUAAUAAAUACGCCAAAUAUCAUCAAAAAUACAUUGCAAAGAAAUUAAAUGCCCGCUGGCAUAAUACAAAUUUCACUGAAAUGCAAGCAUUCUUUGGUGUGAUGAUAUGUAUGGGUGUUGAUCACAAAUCUGCAAUUGACGAUUAUUGGUCGCGUGACCCCUUUCUGCAGAACAUGGGAAUUGCAUCAGUAAUGACUUGGGCCAGAUUUCAAAUGCUAAAGCGUUAUUUUCAUUUAGCUGAUCCAGUAAAUGACCCACGGCGGGAUCAUGACAUUGAACGCCGUCGUCAACUAUCAGAGGCCGACCCGUUGUAUAUAAUCAACCCAUGGCUGAAACCCGUACUCGAAAAUUGUCGGCGAUAUUAUCAGAUGGGACAGGAAAUUUCAAUUGACGAGGGUAUGGUGAGAUUCAAGGGAAGGUCCAUGUUUAAGCAGAGAUUGCCCCACAAACCCGACCGUGAUGGCUUCAAAAUAUGGCAGGUGUGCGACUCGACAACGUCUUACAUUGCGAACUUUGAACCAUAUUUGGGAGUGAAAUAUAAAACUACCAAUGAUGGAAGAAAGAAAGAAACUGGGAUAGCAGAGCGUCUCUAUGGGAUCUAA